UGGAACUGUUCGGGUUGGUGAGGGGGGCACAGUCUCUCUCUCUCUCUCAGAGUGUGUGUGUUUCAGUGUGUGUGUCGGUGUGGAGCGGUGAUGGUGUAUGGAGAGAUCUCAUGAACGGAUACUCAUGGAUGAGAUGGAUUGAGUGUGAGUUUACAUUCAACAACAGAACAACAUAAGAAUCAAUCUGGAUUUAUUACACAUCUGUGCUUGUGUUUGCAUGAAGUUACCAGAUUCAGACUCAAUCCAGACUGCUGAGGGUUCAUUCCGAGACAGUCGUCUAUCUACUGGAGAGUUUCUGGGCGGACAGUUGUUUUGAGCUAUCACACAUAUGCCAGACUCCGCCAGACUGACGAGACUGUAUUGGUUUAUUUGGCUUCCCUCCCUCUACCCGUCCAUCUGGAUUCUUUCCUUCCCAUCCCCAUCUAACAUAUAUCACUCCCAUCAUGCGGAGCAUUCAGAACUUCCUCUCUCUCAUAAGUGUGUUUCAAACACUUCCCUGGGCAUCUAGCCACAGUCCCAACAGUCCCAACCCGUUUUUGGGGCCACAAGUGACACAUACGGACCCAUGCUAUGACGAGACGGGUGCCGCCCGGCGUUGUAUCCCAGAAUUCAUCAACGCAGCGUUCGGUCAGGAGGUCAGCGUGUCGAGCAUAUGCGGGCGGCCGCCAUCCCACUCAUGUAGUUUAGUGGAACGUGACGACCGACCCGCCGUUCGCACAUGCCAGAUAUGUGACGCGUCAGAUCCUCGCCACGCCCACCCCACAUCCUACCUUACUGAUCUAAACUCCGCCCACAACCUCACCUGCUGGCAGUCCGAGAACUUGCAAGGCUCGCCGCUGAACGUAACGCUCACGCUGUCACUCAGCAAGAAGUUCGAAAUCACGUACGUCAGCUUGCAGUUCUGUUCCCCUCGCCCCGAGUCACUGGCCGUCUACAAGAGCAUGGACUACGGGCGUACCUGGACGCCGUAUCAGUUCUACUCGUCGCAGUGUCGUCGAAUGUACAACCGACCGAACAAAGCGGCGAUCACCAAGCAAAACGAACAGGAAGCUCUAUGCACGGAUGGAUACACUGAUCUGUACCCUCUUUCUGGUGGACUAAUUGCUUUUAGCACUCUAGACGGACGCCCAUCAGGGAAGGAUUUCGACUCUAGUCCUGUCCUGCAGGACUGGGUCACCGUUACUGACAUUCGAGUGGUCUUGAGUCGCCCACAGCACCCAAGAGCGCCACCAAUGUCUGGCCGUGAGAGCGAAGACUCGCUCGGACUGCCCGGGAUGCUGCCUUCGUAUUAUUACGCGGUGGGUGACUUCCAGGUUGGCGGCAGGUGUAAAUGCAAUGGCCACGCCUCCAGGUGUGUCCGAGAAAAGGACGGAAAGCUAGUGUGUGACUGCAAGCAUAACACGGAGGGUCCAGAGUGUGACCGCUGCAAACCGUUUCACUACGAUCGACCCUGGCAACGCGCGACGGCGAAAGAAGCCUACGAGUGUUUACCAUGUAACUGUAACCUGCACGCGCGGCGCUGUCGCUUUAAUAUGGAGUUAUAUAAGCUAUCUGGCCGUAAGAGCGGAGGAGUGUGUAUGAACUGCCGACACAACACCGCUGGACGACACUGUCAUUACUGCAAAGAGGGAUUCUACAGAGACAUGGCCAAACCCAUCACUCACCGCCGGGCCUGCAAAGCAUGUGACUGCCAUCCGGUGGGAGCCGCAGGUAAGACAUGUAACCAGACAACGGGUCAAUGCCCAUGUAAAGACGGGGUGAUGGGCAUCACCUGCAACCGCUGUGCUAAAGGAUAUCAACAGAGCCGAUCACCCAUCGCCCCCUGCAUUAAGAUUCCUGUUAUAAAGCCAACAGCUAUGAUCAGCACAACUGAGGGACCUUCAAAUUGUGAUUCUUACUGCAAACCACUGAAGAGAAAUCUCAAGAUAAACAUGAAGAAAUACUGCAAAAAGGACUACGCCGUCCAGGUGAGCGUGUUGGACAUGGAGACCGUCGGCGACUGGGCCAAAUUUUCUGUUAGUCUGGUUUCCGUUUACAAGAGCCGCGGCGAGCCGCUGAAGAGAGGCGACCAGGAGCUGUGGGUCCAUAUGAAGGAUCUGGCGUGUAAAUGUCCACGAAUACACAUGGGCAAACGAUUCCUCAUUCUGGGCACUACUGAGGCCGCCACGAGUCCUGAACGCCCCGGAUUACUGGCGGACAAAAACAGCCUGGUCAUUCAGUGGAGGGACAUUUGGACUCGACGACUGCGCAAGUUUCAGCGCAAAGAGAAGAAAGGCAAGUGCAGCAAAACGUGAUGGGAUCGUAAGGGAACCCUACAGUAUAUUGACCACUGUCCUGUGUACGGGGGAGACUCCGGCGUCCAGCCAUUAGUACGCGAGACCGAACUCUUUCCUGUGUGUUAUUUGAUGUAUCGUCCUGUUGGUCAGCCUUAUGAAGGGACCGUUAAAAAGACCACUGAAUCACACACACUCAAAUUACUAAUCAAACGGAACGAUUCUGUCCACAUCUGGUUUCAUCGAGUAAAUUCAUCAAAAGGUCACACUGGUGCUCACCACAUGCUGCUCGGUUUUGAAAACCUCA